AUGAAAACCAACCGUACAGUGCACCCAGAUGGGACCAUUACUGUUGUGUCCUACCUACUUGGUGUCCCAUUAAAACAUUUAAAUAAGAAGAACAUCCAGUGUGUGGUGAAACACAACACUCAAAAAGAUGAACUUGUGCUGAACUACACAAUAAACAUCCACUAUCCUCCUGAGUCAGUGGUUAUAAUUCCUGACAGUCCAAAAAAUGCUAAAGUAUUCUGGUGUAUAGUGGAUAGUAACCCAGAACCAACCAGCUACACCUGGACAAGAGAGAGUACUCCCUAUUAUGAAGGCAACAAGCUUCCUGUGCCAAAACUGUCCCCCGACUUUAAUGGCUUGUACAUUUGUAAUGCUUCAAACAAAUAUGGAAGUUCAUUAGGUUCCCUGUAUGUGAAUGUUCAUACUGAAUCCAGCACCGUCUGUUGGGGUCUGUUUGGUUUUGUCAUCUGCUGUGCUGUUCUUGCUGUUGUUGUUGGUGUGAUAUUCAGAUUCAAGCGGGAAUGGAUUCCAGUACCACAGCGUUCCAAUGAUGAGGGAGCACAGGGCAGUGUAAGACGAGCAAGACAGGAGGAUGAUCAGGAUGAAAGAGAAAUGGGGAGCAUUUCUGAUCAGUGACGGCUGUUUUUGGACCAGCGCUCUUUCUUGAACUAGAUGUCCCAAAUGACGAGACGUGCCUAGAGAGGAGAAUAAUACUAACUGGAACAAACUGAAAGUUAAGGACCGGUAAGAGGGGAUUCGAGUGAGAGCGUUAAAUUGAAAGUAGAACAGAUAUGCUGGAAAGUACCUUUUGAAGGGAGCGUGAUAUUAUACACAAGCCUGCAAAAGUCCCUUCUUAAAUAAUAAUAAUAAUAAUAAUAAUAAAAAAUUAAGCAUUAUGUACAGCUUCCCUUCUCCUGAUGCAAGAGGCAGAGCAGGAUAUCCUAUAUCCACAGAUGUCUGUUAAACCGCAAAGAAUAGGGUGAGGUGUAGUUUAGGGAUGUGUUAACGGUUACCACAGACCGAUGUUGGCUGUGGGUUAACUGUUCUUUUUCUUCCUUUUGUUGUCAUCUCUGAAUUUAGUUUACUUCUCUUUUAUUUUUUUCCUUUCAGUCUGAGUUUUUUUUUUUUUCCUCUCAUUCUAUGUGUCUGGACCUCAAAACCCAUUUAAUUUAGGCUUUUUUUUUGUUUCUAGGACAAUAGAGACAGGCAAGAAAGUAGGUAUGAAAGAGACGGCGAGUGGGAGCCAGA